AUGCCGAAUACACCACCUCCAGCGCUAUUACCCCCACCAGAAGGUAUAUUUAGGACCUUCGAAGAUUUGAUGGCUUCCGUCCAGCGCGUUGCAAAGGACCAGGGAUACGGAAUUGUCAAGCUGCGCGCCUCAAACUACCGCGACGGAAAACCCACCCGUUAUGAUCUCGUUUGCGACCGCGGUGGUGUCAAGUACAACAGCACUGCCAAGAAGCGCAACCCUUCGACGCGCAAAAUUGAUUGUCCCUUUCGUGCCAAGGCUGUUUGUGAAGUUCAGCUCGGAAACCAAUGGCGUUUUGCUAUCCAAGAGGGACGUCACAACCACGAGCCACGAGCUCCCUCUGGCACGCCUGGUCAGGAGAACGCGCCGCUGGCUACAUCGAUCCGAUCCUUCACUAAUAAACUCGACCGCCUGAACCACGACAUGGCCCAGGGUCUAAUGCGCAUUGAGCAGCGUCUCGAUAACAUCGAGAAGCGCAUGGACAGUCUUGAAGCCCGAGCUGGAGGCGGCUACGAACCACGCUUCCAGGCUAUUGAACAAAGACUCCAGGGGAUGGAAGGCCCUCGCAUGGAUGGGAUGGGUAUGGACGAUGUCGAAACACGUCUUCUAGCCUCGACGGUAAUGUAG